AUGUGCCAGCACUUCAGAUAUCAAGGAAUCUCUGACAACGCCAUAAGAUUAAGAUUGUUUCCACAUACUCUGCGGGACAAGGCGAUUGAAUGGCUUGAUUCUCAGCCGAUAGCCAGCAUUACUACCUGGAAUGACCUAGCUCAGAAGUUCUCAUUGAAGUUAUAUGAGACAAUGGCUACAACCUUAGCAAUGUGGACCAUGGAACAAGCAGUACCAAAGAAGACACCAAGAGUUUAUAAAGUGGAUGUAUAUUCAGCGUUAUUUGCUAAGAUUGAUUCCUUAUUUCACAAGGUUGAAAACAUUACCCAGUCAGCUAAUGCAGCGCAGGUGAAGAAGGCAAAUUGUGAGGAAUGCGGAGCUGAGCAUGUGACAGCAGAAUGCCCAAUUUUGACACAAGGAAAAGAGCAAGCAGAUUUUGCUCAAUGGGGACAACGCCUGCCAGAAUAA